AUGGCGACCCUCGAGCGCCCCGUCGAGCGCGCAGCAAGCGACUCGCCCGUCCUCGCACAACGCUCCACUUUCUCUCCCAGCGCCAUCCCCUCGCCUUUCCCCGAACACGAACUCCCUCGCGGGCGUCCAGCGGGGCCGGGGCCGGUUCUCGCGCGCCAGCAGGCGGUUGCGGCGGGCGAGCAGGAGCAUAGCGAGUCGAGGUCUCGUGGAGGUACGAGGAGGAGCCUGAGCAGGGUUGUCGAUCGGGUCAAGAGGGCUAUGAGCGCGAGCAGGGAUAGGCAGGGCGAGCAGGAGAGGGGGCGGAGAAUGAGCGCAGACACCGUCCCGACUGUCGAAGAACCUCGCGGUCGCUCUCCCCUCUCUGCUUUCCGCCCUCGAUCCCUCUCUCGCGGCCCUUCAGCUCGCAGCAUGCACACCGUCAACGAAGAAGGCUCGACCGUCGCAGCCUCGAUGUACCCGCUCUCCAAGUCACAGACAAGGUCGUCCUCUCGCGGACGAGCGCCGCCUGGCGGAAAGAUCUUUUCGACUGGUCGAGGAGGGGCAGGGAACUUGAUUGGUGUCUCGCCGAACGAAGACAUGCGCGAGUUUGACGGCGAGGAGGACCCGAACGUCGUGCGGCUGGUGAGGGAGGACCGAAGCAGGUCGCGGGAGCGAGACGGGCGAGUUGAAGUUGCGACGACUGGCCGCGGCGGGCGCGGGAACAUGCGGAGCUCGAGUCGGGGGCGCGAUCUCGAGCUUGGGAGGGUCCCGACUGUCAUGGAGGAGCAGGAGCGGGCGGAUAGGGAGGACGACGAGCUGCGGCUGCAGGAGCUCCUCAAGAAGCGGGAGCGCGAGCCGGGCCAGUUUGUCAGCACAGGGCGAGGCGGCGCGGGCAAUAUUUCGUUCUUCCGCCGAAAUACGACCGACGCCGUUUCCUAG